AUGGCCACGGAGCCUUUAGAAGUGCAGCCUCCCCGCUUUAUCGGCGGCCGCGCUAAUGGUUAUCUCGCAGCCGUGCCCCCGGCGAUCCUGUGUGAGGGGCCGGAGUCAGGGAGGGGCCGAGGCAGAGACAGGGACGGAAACCCGAGACAGAGACCAAGAAGCCGAGAAACCCAGGAGUGCGAGGAGACGAGGAAGCUGGAGGAGGCUGGAGAGAGACAGCAGGACAGACUGAAAUACAGAAAGACAGACUCGGAGCAGGCGCAGAGGGGAGCGACGUGGGGAGGAAGGGCCAGAAACACAGGGACCUUGACUUUCUUCUUCCGGUCUUCCAACUCCCUCUCCCCCAACUCCCUGUCCCGGGAGCGCGUCCAGCUUCAGAGGGUCCUCGACUGCCGGAUGGAAGAGUUCCGAGGAUCGGAGCUGGGGACCCUCGACGGUGGGAUGGGGGAGGAUGAGGAUCAGAUCCUUGGCCCUACCCCAGGCUCGGGGAGGAGGGGAGAGAAGGCUGGGAAGGAGGGAGACGAGGAGGAAGAAGAACAGGGGGAUGAUGAGAAGGAGGGAAGAGGAAGGUUGGAGGGUGAGGAAGAGGAUCGGGGGGAGGAGGGUGAAGGGAGGAAGGCGAGGAGGAGGACGAUGGGGAGGAAGGCUGCUGGCUGCGGCAGCGGCCGGUGA